GAACUCCUGCAAUGGCGUCCAACCUCCGGCUUCACUUGCAGCACUGCUUCUCGCCGCCGUCCCUCCGGUCGUACUUCGCCGAGUUCAUCUCCACCUUCCUCUUCGUGUUCACCGCCGUCGGCUCCGCCAUCUCUGCCCGGAUGCUCACGCCCGACGUCACGUCCGACGCGUCCUCCCUGGUGGCCACCGCCGUUGCCCAGGCGUUCGGGCUCUUCGCCGCAGUGUUCAUUGCUGGUGAUGUCUCCGGAGGCCAUGUCAACCCCGCCGUCACGUUCGCCUUCGCCGUCGGCGGCCACAUUGGCGUCCCGAGCGCCAUCUUCUACUGGGCGUCUCAACUGCUCGGCUCCACCCUCGCCUGCCUCGUCCUCCACUUCAUCUCCGCCGGCCAGGCACGUAACCGCCGUCAGCCACUUCCUUCGCUCACUUCCUUUCGGACUAACUUGGCAUCGCUACGAUGUACGUACGUUGGCGCAGGCCGUGCCGACGACGAGGAUCGCGGCGGAGAUGACCGGAUUCGGCGCGGCGAUUCUGGAGGGGGUGCUCACGUUCCUGCUCGUGUACACGGUGCACGUGGCCGGGGACCCUCGCGUGGGCGGCAAGAAGGGGUUUGCGACGACGGCGUUGGGCUCCUUACUGGUUGGGCUCCUGACGGGCGCGUGCGUGCUGGCGGCGGGCUCGCUCACAGGCGCGUCCAUGAACCCGGCGCGGUCAUUUGGGCCGGCGGUUGUCGGAGGGGACUUCAAGAACCAGGCCGUAUACUGGGUCGGCCCGAUGAUCGGCGCGGCGGUCGCGGCGCUGGUGCACCAGAGCCUGGUGUUCCCGUCCGUGCCCGAGCCGCGGCACGGGAACGUGGGAACGGCGGCGGUGGUGUAACCAGUUAGUGCAUCCAUCCAUCCUUUUGUUGUGAAUGUAGAGGGAUCUAUGUCUUUGUAUGUUUGCAUUAUUGCAUACGUGUACGGUUAUGAGUAAAUCACGGCCGGUAUUGCUAUUAUAUUUUUCUAGGGAAAAGA